UGCUUGUUUAGUUGUUUUAUUAGACAGAAGUUAGGCGUUCCAUAUAUUGACUUACAAAUUGCAGUAGGUUUGAAGUCUUACUCAAGUUUCGUUUGUCUGACUUUUAUUUUCACACUCGUGUUGCUGGUAAUUGCUAUCGAUUGCUCUUCUUGUUAAAAGUAAGUACAUUUUGUACUCUUACUGAGUUGUCUCUUGACCUUUGUCUUUGUUCUCUUUCCCAGCUCCCCUCACAUUGCUCUACGCGCUGUUAACGCCGAUGUUUAUUUUUCCGAGCACUUCGUAUUGUCAGUACUACAAGGAAAAUAAAGUCACAAAGUGUUGCGUAAGACAUUGGGACUGUAUUUUCUUGUAGUACUUGGUAACUUGCUAUACCAAGCAAUUUAUUUCAUCCAUUUAUCAAUUUUCGGAUACCGAUAGUGUAGUCUAUUGACGAGUUUAAAUAAAUACUUUCCACUUCUGUCAAAAUCAACCCAAUGUUAACUAUCACGCCGAGCAUAUAGGUUGGUUCUCAGCCAUCCAAAUAAAUCUCAGAAGUGAAAUCGAAAUGACCGUUAACUUUGUUAGACGCGGGUAGUUCCAAAGAAAUCUUAACAACAGUCUUACUUCAUCAACGUGUAGUACACUUGGAUAAAUAUUGUUGCUAUCCGGAAGAUCGAAUCAUGACAAUUUAUGAUUAUUAGAAGCCUACUGUGUGUUCACUUGUGGAAGUGACACGACGACCUUUUACAUAGCCAAAAAGGGUACUCGGAGAGCUAUCGUAAAGACUGUGGAUAUGAACAGUUUCUGGUUACCUUUGCCUCCAUAGUUACCAAGGUGCAUCAUUGUCAUUAUUUCUGGGGACAAUUCUUAUCAACCCAUAAUUGUAAAGUCUCAGAAGAUCGUUACUGAAAUCACAUCUGGUUAACUCGGAUCUAAGAAUCAGUUUGUCCCCAGCCUUUGCCUCAUUUUGAACCUGGAGAUCCCGAGCUAUGUAUGUGAUCAUGGCAUCACUGCAUGGGUAUGUGUACAUGGUCCUUUCAGAGUCGGGAAUUACAUGUCAUUAUCAUUAAAUAAUUAUAGUUCAAACGAUUCGUUAAGGAUAAACCUAUUCUAUAAUCGGUCGUAGUAUGCCUCUGAAGUAUCGAGUUCCUGUGUGUGGGCGUUGAGUUAUUAGUAUAAUUAAUUAACGUUAUUUGUACAACAAUCCGGUACAACUACUGCUGUACACUUAGAAAAAACUAGCAAUUUCAAGUUGAUGUAGUUUCCCAACAUAGUCCAUUUCUUCAAAGUGCUCCGACGACGUGAUGGGUUAGAGUUCUGUUUUCUCUCAGAUUCGACUUCAAGCAGAUUAAGUAUCUCUUAUCACACACAGCCAGCAGUCUUCUGCAUCGGUCAGUUCAGUAAGGCUCAUAUAACCUGUUUAGAUGGUAGUAGUUUAAGUUUAACCAUCUCGGGCUGUUGUUUCAUUUUGGUGACAAAACACUAACUUUGACCCUUAAGGUUACCGUUUUAAGGGGAUUGCACUUUUCGAUUUUAGUAGGCUGUUCACUGCUAUCUUCACAAAAUAUCUACAUUUAGUCUCCUAUGUAUUUCAGACUGAAACGGCCACAGCGUGAGAUGAGACCAAUCUAUGAAGUCGAUAACUGCUAGUCUAAGUCAUAUUGAUGAAUACAGGCCACCUGGUCAGGAUCUAUUACAUAGAUGUGACCAUUGGUUGUAGAGCGAUAUGAAUCAAAACCGUUCACAGUGGCGCGAACUCAUAAAUACUUUACUUGCCCAUCGAUCCCGAAUUCCAGCAUUACUUCACACAUGCCUUCCUAGUCUGCCUUUCCAAAUCAUGUCCUCAAUAUCCAACCGUUCUCUUUAUCACUUAAUUAAGUCUGUUACCCCUAUUGAGGGAUAGACCACCGAGCAGCAAUCUUCAGUCACCCUGUCUGAGGCUCUGCUUUUCAGUCGUUGCUGAGUGUUAUUCCUGAUCUUGGUUUCUGCUUCCGAUUUCCGGCACCAUAUGUCCCUCGGUAUGUCCCGUUUCCCUUUUUCUUUAAGGAUUCCAUGUUGGGACUUGCUUUUUGAUGCAUUUUGAUUAUUUCUGCAGUGUCCUAUCCAUUACUAGCGUCUUCUAAUUUCCUCUCUAACAUGGAGCAGGUUCGUUCACUAGUAGAAUGGGCUAUUGCUGAUGGUCUCUGGCCUAUGGAUUUGGGGUAUCUCACGCAGCCGGUUGUUUGUGAAUACCUUUGCUCUUUUGGUGAUGGUGGUGACAAUUGUCCAAGUUUCAGCUCCAUACAAUAGAAUUGUUUUAACGUUAGUGUUGAAGAUUCUUACUUUGGUAGUGGGUGUCGGUUGUUUUGAGUUCCAGAUAUUCAGUUGUAGGAGUGUUGCCUUUGCAGUACAGACUCGUACGUUUGCAUCUGCAUCAGAUCCUCCUAGUUUAUCGACGAUGCUGCUCAGGUAUGUUAAGGCUCCCACCUCUUCAGAAGCUUUGCCAGUAAGUGUGAUUUGACUGGUUCUCAAUGUGUUGUGCUUCAGAAGCUUGUUGUUUCCUCUGUGUUGGGGCAUGCUACUGUGAGAGCUGUUGGUACAAUGGCUGUCUUUGCAUUUGUUGUUGUGUUUGCGAUUGCAGGAUCAAGUCAUUUACAAGAUCGGUCACUCAGCUGCGUUCAGUGUGUCUGCUGGAUUUCGUGUUUUUCUUGAGAUGCGGUCUUCAUAAUCCAGUGAACAACCAGAAGGAAGAGAAAAUACUUGAUUCGAAAGGUUUGUCUAAUACGAGUUUUCAUCUGUAGUUGAUCUGUCAUCUGCUCACCAUGCACGACUUUGCAGUUCAGUCCGGUGUUGGGGCACCAUGUGAUGGUGAAGAUUUUCCUAGGUACUCCUUAGUAUCAAUGGAGAAUUUACAAAAUUCUACUUUUCAGGAUGGUCAUGUGUUUCCCCAAACCUUACCCUACGAUGGUCUGCAGCCUCAUGAGAAUGUUGUUUAUCAUGUUCGCUGCUAUCGUUGGUGGGUGCAUAGCACAGGAUCACAUUCAUCAUAAUCCUUCCCUUCUUUGUUUCGGGAGAUGCUGUGAUAGUCUCGAAACUCUGAGUCUCCCAUCCUAGAUUUGUUCAUUCUAUUCUUCUCUUGACAGUAUUAGUAAAAUUCCUUGUGUUUGUGUGUGUGUGGGAGGACACUUUCUUUAUGACUAUACUUCGGUGACAGCUCUUCUCAAGUUAGUGUUUUUUUCUGGAUUAAAUGCAAUGAGUUGCUCCUAUUCUAAUGCCGGUCAACUUGUGUUUGUGCUUUUCUGUGUUUUUUCAAUUUGUACUUGUGGUCUCGUAUAUUCCUCGGAUAUUCGGCGUACCCAUGUUUACCGUUACCCUGUUUGUCGGAGGGAGUAUCAGCCUCGUGACUUCUGAGGAAUCUUGGCUUUCACCCUGAGACAUUAUAAGUGAUGUAUAUGAAGACUCUCAAACUGUGAGGUCAGAGUUUGGAUGAGUUUUCCUAGUUAGUGUUUAGUUAGUGGUGUUGUUUCUUAGGUGAUGGAGCUUGUGACAACGGACAGUAGCCCAGGAAUGUUUCUAAUCUGAGUACAUGACAUACUUAUACAUAAUUGAGUUUGCGUUUGCUUUACAACUCUUUUGGCAACAAUUACUCACUUUCUGUUUGUUCGUAGAUUUUGUUGUUGAAUUGAAAAUAUGUUGUCAAGCAUAAAUCGAUGAGUCCUACCAGGACAUUUACUCAUGUUAAAAAAUUGUACAUAAGUGUUGAUAACGCUUUUCUCAUUAACUGUAAGCACAGCCUGAAAUAAACCAUAAAGAGUGCACUAAGUUUUUACAAUUAGUCAUUUCCAAAUUGGAACGUCGUUCCAGUGGUUAAAACAUCCUGUUUUGAUCCAAUAAAUUGUGGGCUUUGAAAGCUACAACUACUUCGGUUUGACCUAAACAGCAUUUAGUUCUUAACCAAUAAGGGAAAGUUUGCCAACCUGUUCCGCCAACUUUAGUUUAAGCAUUUAGGCGGUAUCACCAAUUCUCACCCAGACACUGCUCUGAAGCCACACGCUCAGCGAACAAGUUACUUCGAUUUGAUCAGAAUGCACACCAGACUUUUAUUUGUACUUUGUUGGUAAGCUACAUUAAGUUUCCUUCCAAAGUUGCCUAUUGUUGCUUUAUCUAUUAUAUAGAGUAAUUUACUAUUUUUCAGUUUCAGCAUUAAAAUAUGCCACUUCCUAAACAUACAGUUCAACCGGUCAAACUCAGUCAGGUAAUUGUCCCGAAUGGCAUCGACAAUGAGUUGGAAUUUGUGGUUAAUUCCACGGUCUGCAAUGUCAUGAGACAGAUAGCAUCAGUUAGCCGAUUGGCCAACACCAUGUUCGAAGAACUCACUAUCGAUUUUUCUCGACUAGUUGAGCGGACUGUUCGUCUGCAAAAUCGUCUGGGAAAACUUCAUGAAGAUAUGCAAAUGGCGCGCAGCGGUGACGAAGACCUUACUGCUGGAGUACAAGAAGUUGAGAUUCCGGUGUUCUCUAGCAAAAAACCAACUGAUAGCCAGGUAAAUUGUUCUACCUUUUCAUUUUAGUUAGGUAUUAAAUCAAAAUACCAUACCUCCUUCUAUGCGGUCACAAUAUGAUCAAGCAGAAGCAGCUCCAGCACUUCAACAAAUGGAUGAACUCAGAGAUGAUAAGAAAACUAGCAUGAGGUUGUAUUCAGAUCCCAGCUUUUUCUUUGAUUUAUGGAGUCAGGAAAUGUUACAAGAUCGCAAACAUAAAAGAGCCGCCAAGAAAAAAGUAAUUUUUGCUGAUCCGUUAAUCGGUUAUUUUCUUAUCUCUUCUAUUUGCAACCUAUGUUUGUAGCUGCAUUCGUUGUUGUUUUAUCUAGACCAUCUAAGCAUUUAUAGAUUAUUUCCUUCUUUAAAUGACAAAGUUAUUAGUACUUACCUGAUGUUCUUUUUAUGGUUUCAAUAAUAAACGUGCUCUUGCUUUGUGAUUACAUGGAUUUCGUAAUUGAAGUAUAUAUCAGUCUCAGUUCUUAAAUCAUCUGGUGACUUUUUUGAAAAUUAGUACUAAGCCGACUUUUGGAGUGAUGCAAUUAGUAUCAUAUGUUUCGGUCCUAAACCCUUCCACUUUAUGAUGCUAGUGAAUUCUACAGUUUCGUUUGACGCUUUUAAUCAUGUCGCUACAACUAAACGUUUUGAUCAAGUUUUGUAUUUAUAUCCAACUACAUAUUCGUCUAUUGAAUUGUAGGACUCUUGUUUAGUUGUAUUUUCUUUUUUUGCUCUUCUGUCAGGCGGUGAAAAUUGAUCGUCUCAUUUAUUUCAUACCCAUAUCUAUGUUACAAGGUCGCAUUUCCCUUCAACGUCUGUCUUGCCACAGUUCUCUUAGUUCUCUUGACUUUUAAUGUCACCGAACGUUUUCUGCGAACAAAUGCUGCAAUUAGCACUGAGAUUGAUCCAUAGCAUAUUCUUCCUUACUCAUUGACACAACCGUUUUUAAUUAUAAAGAAGUAAGUGUUUUGUUGGGAUUUUCGAAGCAGUUUUAAAAGCGAUGAUACUAAAUUCCUCGACUCACUUUCUUGCUGUCACUUGAAAAUGUAUGUUUGCAUAGUCAGAAGACCAUUUAUCACAACCAACUUACAGCAAUAUAAUUCAUUCUAAUUCACAAGCCUGGAUUUGUGUUGCAUUCAUUUACGAUCUUUUUUUUCUGUGUCUGCGCUUAGAUAAAAAUAGGGGACUGUAAGAAAGUAAAGCGAUUCAUGGAUAUAAUCUUUUUGUUCCAGUUUUAGUAAUAUUUUAUACAACCAAAUAUCCUAAUCUUUGAAGCUUGUAACCUGUUUUGGGUAAAAUACCUAUUUUAGAGACCAAAAGGAAAGGGAAAAGCUGCUCCACUUAAAAGUGGAUCUAAUCAGGGAGCUCAGAAACCUCAACUUAUCAUUCAGCAACCAGGAGUUGGUGGCCAUAAACUUCCUGCACCGUUAUUCGAACAAAACGGUCCUGUUAAUGCCAGUUCUCAUAUGGAUAGGGAUGUCAAUAUUGUCAACGGUAAACCCACCCAGCAUCAGUUUCUAAAUAAUGGGGAUUUCGGAAAUCCUUCAUUACCACCUCCGCCACCUCCACCAAAUGCUCUUCAUUCGUCAACACAAGUUGAUAAUGUACAGGAUUUUCGACACGCAUCUAAUCAAAAGAGUGGUUAUUGCCCAACUAAACCUGACCUUAGUGGUGUUAAUCAGUUUCCUUCAGUUACCAACAACAUUUGUAGCAACCAAGACCCUUCACCAGCCCAUCAGAUGACUCUUCCUGACCCUCCCGCACUCCAUACACAGAUGACAUCUCUUAUUUUACCACCACCACUUCCUCCAGCGUUCUUGAGCGACGGAGAGUUAAAAGUCUCAGGUUGGUUUAAACCGCUUAAUAUGUGUGUUAUUAAUCACAAUCUGAUACAUCGUUUGGAUGUUACGUGAUAAAGUUUCAAUUUAGUAUAUAUAGUGUCGGUCUCUUACAUAUACAAUUGAAUUCGUUCACCCUCUACAUCUUUAGCCUAGUAUCAUCCCAUAAUUUUCAUCUCAGUUGCGUUUUUCAAACUACUUUCCUUAUUAAUGAUUUUGUAAGUAUCGUUACCAAGGUCAGAAUUUUUCUACUCAUUGAGAUAUUACAAAUAUAUUAUUUAUUUAUACUUUCCUUAUGUUUAUUUCACCGCUAUAGUAGGUAUUAUUAUUAUUAUUAUUCGUUUUCUUAGCUUUUGGUUGUGCUUAUUUCCUUGUUUCAUGUAACACCUGAAAACCAGUUUAGUAAUUAGUUGUAUCAUAUCAAAAGAUGCACCGGUGUGGUGGUUAUUCUAUGUUCACAGGAUCUAUAUUUUUCUCUGGCAUUCGUUCUGAAGAGAAAAGAUUUGCAAAUAUUAACACUACUGAACGUCCAACCUUACUCCAUAGAUUUUUGGAUUUGUUGGCAAGAUCUUAAAGAGGAGCUGUUAGAAUUUUUUGACAAGCUUCGAGAAUGUAUCUUCACAGUCAUUGACUAUGGACACCAUUUCCAUUUCAUACGCUUUCCGUUUGCUUAUUUCCUUUCAUAAUGCUGGUGUUUUGUGGCGUGGACUGGUACACAGUUAUCCCGGAUCCUGAAUUAUACUUUAUAUAUAUAUAAUUUUUCGCAGCACGUCUUCGUGAAUUCCGUUUCUAUUUGUUUGCAUAUAUCUGAUUUGUUCAUCUUUCCAAGUACUUUAUUUACGUUUGUGUUGUGUUUUUUAUGUUAAUUUGGGUAUUUCUAGUUUUUAUUUAACUUUUUAGACAUGAGCGAAAAUUCACAUCCAAAUGAUGAAGCUGCUAGCAGAGACCCAUCUGGAAAAGAUGGGGAUGAUAGGAUAUCAUCACCCACACAAAUGCAUGAUGGCAAAGAGAAACAGUCUCAGUAUAUUAAUUCUGUAGGUAUGGAAUCGUCAUCAUCGGCACCACACAAUCUUCCUCCACCUCCUCCCGCGCCGAUUUUCGAGGCGAAGAACUUCAAUGAGCCUUGUAAACCCAACAGACAGCCUAGCGAGUCGGAUACUUGUGAUCAUAUAUCCGCUUCUUCGACCCUUCCUCCUCCAGUGACACCUUUUGUUGUUUCGCCACCUCAAACAUCUAUUCUAUGCUCAUCUACGCAACCUCCACCACCCCCACCUCCACCUCCCUUCAUACCAAACCAGAAAGUUGGGUCUGAAAGUCCAAGCAAUCAAGCAGCUUUACCAACUAAGAACACUAUCCCACGAUGCAGUGUACCUCAGUGUCCUCCUGCAGAUUUGCUUUCUGCUAUACGCGCUGGCUGUCAGUUACGCAAAGUAGGUGAACGAAAUCUUCCCGAUCAAUCGAAAUUUAGCCGUGCAAAUAGUUUAUCAACUCUGAUAAACAAACCUAAGGAUGUUCAAGUUAGUUUCACUGAUCUUAAGUUUCUUAAACUUCGUUUGUAUGUAUCUACUUUCAAAUGUACUACAUCCCGUCGUUUAAGGGAAGUGUUACAUUUCAAUAGUCAAGGUGACUAAUGCCUCUUGCUCAUUCAAGUUACCAAAGUUUGUCUUCUAAAAGCUCAUUGUAAACACAGUGCUUGUAUUGAUCAAUUUUGUAUAGAAUCAUAAAUUAAUAUUCCUUCAUCGCAAUAAUCUCGAUUACGGCAAUUAUGUAGUCUCCUCAAUUAUGUUAUUACAAAAAUUUUGUCGAGUGUCAUGAGAUAACGUACUAAAUGAGAAAACAAACCAGGGAUGCUUAGGAUCUUUCCAGAUGGAAGCACGAACGGAAAGCGACAGUGUCCACUUUUGGUGCAAAAAUGUGAAAUCCAAAUUUCUACGGUUAAAUUACAAAAAUAAGUUUGCCAAGUGAUUUCUGGUGAUCUAGCUUCCUGUUGUGGAAUCUAGAUUCCCAAAAACCACUUAGAAUUUACCGUUGAUCUCCUUAAAAUGAGGUCAUUUGGAAGCACUAAUGACAUGCCUUUCUAUCUACACAAUGGUACAGACGAAUUGACAACAUAAAGCCCUAGAUUUCUAACACAACUCUGUUCCAGCCUUCUAGUUUAUUCGUUUACAUGUAUCUGCCAAAGCAGUUACAUUGGUAGAACAGAAAGGAGAGCCUACGUCCGAUUCAAAGAACAUAUUCCGAAAAGUUUAAGAUUAAAUGGAUUGAACGCAUUCAACAGUGCCAUCGCAAGACAUCUCCUUGAUACAGGACAUGAAGUCGAUAUACUGAAGUCCUUCAAAGUGAUUAACAAACAAUCAAACUCCAACAUUUUGAUUGAUUUCAAUUCAUAUUUUCUUCAUUACCAUUAAUCUAUUUUCAUGAGUUCUAAUCACUAUUUCAAUGUUCUGGAACUUUCCCUCUCUAACUUUAUUUAUUUAUUCGAAUCAAACAUUUUAUGAGCUCAUUAACCCUAUCUGAAUCUUCGCUACAUCAUGAUACACAUGUAUUGAUCCUUAAUCACACUCUUAUGUAUAAAUAUGUCAAUAUCUGUAAUAAUUUGAAUUUCAAAUAAUUUAGGUUGUAAGCAGCUGAUGAGAACCUAACGAAGUAAAAUGAAUUCAUAUUAUUCUGUACAAAUCUUUGUUCUUGCUCUCUUCAAGAUAAUAAAGGGAACUAUGUGUAUGAAAUUAUUCGUUUAGAUUCUUUUUCCCUUCAAAGUAAUUAGCCUUUUUUGUACCCUUCGUUUUAGUGAUUAAUGUAGUUUGUACCUUCAUAAUUUUUAUGUCAUUGAUUUGACGAAAUUUCUGUUACCUCUUUUAACUUAAUUGGUGCUCCAGUACUCGUUCUACUGUCUACGAAACUGUAAUUAAUUAGUUUGAAUAAUAUCCUUAUUAUCAACGGGAGUUAUCUGGAAUAUCCCUAGAAUCAGGAAGCAUUGUUUUCCAAUUGUCCUAGGUGGAUCAUGCAUGUCCACCAAUCCUGUUAAAUCACCGGACCACUCACUUUCCGUCCUUUCAAUUUCGUAAAUAUCACCCCCGCUACACACAUCCAAGAGUUCCAUUGCUUUCUCUCUCUGUAAGUAGUUACAUUUCUUGAUCAAGUUGGUUUAGUAUUUUCUCGUAGUAGCCUAUUUCAGAACUGAUUAAUCCGUAGCUGUUAUCCUGCGUGAUAUAUUAUCUUGUGUUUAUUCUGUUUGACUUCUUUAAGUAUUUUCCUAUUUUUCAUGUUUUCAUUUUCAGGCGAUUUAUGAAGCUGUUAGGCGUCGUCGGGAAUGUAUGGAAAAUAAUUCCUCGGAAGAUGACGAUGACGACAAAGAUGCAGACAGUAAUUCUUCCGGUUGGGAGGACUAGCUCUUAUCUAUCGUAACAAAAAAUGUAUUAGGCCAUGUACCAGUUUCGUUUUUAUCUUCUGCCAGUAACACGUUUUUUUUAACACAAUACCCAUCUUUGUAUACUUACAUUUCUACUUACGUCUUUCUAUAACUUCUGGUUUUGCUUUGUUCAUGUUCUCAUAUUUUUCUUCGAUUAUUAUUUAUUAGCUGUAUAUAAAUGUACAAUUCCGUUCACAUAGGCAUAUACUUUUAUGUCUUCAUUAACGUAUGAUGUUUUCUCUGGUUACUUUACUUCAAUAAUUUGAGGUAAGUUAAAGUUUGGCAGACCAUAAUUAAAUUUUUGUGUCUUUCUGAUAAUCUGGAGGUUCUAUUACGAAGACCACUUCAAUAGAUUGUUACGCAUUGAUUUCGCAAAUUGUUAACCUCUUGAAAUUUUGUUUUGUUAACGAUUAUUGGUGGGAUAAUGUUAAAAUCCCUUUCUUUUGUUUUAGGAGUAUUACUAUGAUUGCUCAAAUCUCAUUGAAAAAAUAAAUCAGUUAUGAUUUCAUAGGUAACUGCUAGUCAUUAUUGAUCUAACAAUGCUUAAGAUCAAAAAAUACAUUAGACUAACUUCUCAUUAAUAAUUUGUGUCCAAUGACAUAUUGAUUGUUUUAUUAUAUGUACAAUUUCAGGGCUGAUUUAAUUGUACUCAUUUCCUAACAAUCAUGAGACUAAAAUCAAGUUCAAUUUUAUGUGUCUGGUUAUCCUGCAGUCAAAAUAUUAUUAUUACCACUUUAAAGAAUAGUUUUUCUUUCUGCUGUUCUUUGUCCCUUUGGUAAACAACUAUGUUCAUUUAUUUCUUAUGUUCCGGUGAUUGCGAUCGGUGCGAUUUUACUUCUCAUUUUAAUUGUAGUUGAACGAAAUACCAUCGUUUUACCAAAACAUUUAUAUGCAUAUUUUUUGUUGGUUUCAGUUGCUUUAAUGCUGUUCAACUCAUACAAGUAUGGAUGUCAUUAAUUCCUAAAUAUCUUAUUUACAUUCAUUUUUCAGAAUUUUACUAAUUUUAAGUAAGGUUUCCGGUCCGUAAUAAUCUGUUUGCCUCUGAAUAAUAUUUCCCUCUACUGAUUUCUUAACUUACAUAUUGUUAAAGUGAUUUUUACGGCUUUUUUUCGACUUAAAUAUAGACUGUGGUUAUGUGGUCUUAUCUCCAUUUAGUCAUAGACAAUCCGUAACUUUCAGUUUUUUUUAUUAGUUAAAUCGUUUCUGUAAGAUGUAUGUUGAUCUCAUGUCGUUAACUUGUUUUACGUUGCGAUAGACCUGUGCAUCUAUUUGCUGGCUAGUGUGAAUACGAAGAUAUUCGUUGUCGUAAUGAAUAGAACUGUUUCUGAUGGCUAUUAUUCAAUAAAAUUUGUAUUGCUUCAAUAGUUUCUUCAAAAUAUCCUUUAGACCUUUUGUUUUGUGUAUUUAUAACAUGUCAUUUUAUGUAUCCCAGUACUUUAAUACAUCUUGGCUUUCAUUUUGAAAUUAGAUGUGCUUUAUACAGAUCUGUUAACAAUAUAAACGAAAUCGUGCAUGCACGUAGUCUUCUACUGACGAACUGUAUUGUUUAGCUGAUAAUAUCAUAAGAUUCGGACCAAUUAAUUGCGAACUAUUUUGUGGGUUAAUUUGCUCUAAAUAAUCAAUAAAAUAACAGCUAUUCUCCUGUAGCAUAUUAUGUUAGUAAAUUAUAUGCAAAGGAAUUGAGUACAACUACUUAAAACGUUUUGAAUUUAUGACAUGCGAAAAGGAAUAAGACGACCUUCGUGCUUAGUUUCCCCAGUUUAUCGAAACCGUUAAGCCGAAAAAAUUCCGUCCACAAAACAGUCGGGUUGCUACACUUCCCAAGCCCAGUAAAAAGCGGCUGAGAGAAGAGUUGUCAACCCCAGCUCCUAAAAAACUACACCACUAUAAGAACAGUAGUUUGCAAAUUAUUCUCUUCACAUGGGUUGUACUACUAAUAUUUAAUCUCACAUGAUAUGAGUUUUCUAAUUCUUGUGGUGUGAACUUCCAAUCUAAACAUUAGGCUAGUUCUCUUGAUCAAUAAUUACUGUUGGGAUAUUGUUCCAAUUUGUGUCUGUUAAAACUUACUGUUUACGAUAAGCAUAUAAUUUUUUAAUGCAGCUCGUGCAUUUCAUUUGUCUUCUGUUUGUAAACCAUAAAGCUUGCAAAUUGUUGCGAACACUAAAACCUUAGCAAGUACGUGUGCUUACUGAUAUGACGCUCAAGAGUUAGAUCUAACCAUCAAGUCUUCAUUGAUUGAAAGGUAGUGGUUUACAAGCUGAUUUCUAAUAUUUUACAACAAUGCCGUUUUAUUUCAUAACAAACUGCCUUUCUGAUCAUUAGUUUUGUCUUUUGUACUAAAUCAGUUGGACGCAACAACACAUUCAUGAACGGCCAGAACGCCUUCAUCGAAUCAAAGUUUCCAUCUACCUUUCUGUCAGCGUUCUAUUUUAUUUUAACGACCAGAAUUUCCGUUCAUAAAACAGUGAAACCAUUCUGCAUUAAUUUGUGUUCAAAUGCAUGACCCGACAAUAUACCAGCUGAGGUCAGACAUCGAAGUAACUACAAACAUGCUUCACCUUCUAUUCAAAGAGAUUUGGGAGAAAAAACAAGUGCCGAUGGACUGAAAAGAAGGACACCUCAUCAAGACUCCAAAGAAAGAUCUGAGCAAAUGUGAAAACUACAGAGGCAUUACACUACUGUCAGUACCAGGGAGAAUCUUUAACAGAGUGUUGCUGAACCGGAUGAUAGACGCAGCAGACGCCCAACUUCGAGAUCAACAGGCUGGAUUCCGUAAGGAUCUGUCGUUCACAGACCGAAUUGUGACACUACGGACCAUUGUUGAACAAUUAGUUGAAUGGAACUCGUCACUGUACACCAACUUCAUUGAAUAUGAAAAGGCAUUUGACAGUGUAGAUAGGAGAACGUUAUGGAAACUUCUUCAACACUACGGAGUUCCUGAGAAGAUUGUCAAUAUUAUCCGGAACUCAUACCACGGACUAUAGUGCAAGGUCGUGCAUGGAGGACAGCUGACAGAUGCAUUCCAAGUAAGGACCGGAGUCAGACAAGGCUGUUUACCCUCUCCCUUCUUCUUUCUUCAGUUGGUCGACCGGAUUAUGAAAAUCUCGACAUCUGAGGGAAAACACGGAAUACAAUGGACAGCUCAGAAUCAAUUAGACAAUUUGGACUUCGCAGAUGACCUAGCCCUCCUAUCGCAUACACACGAACAAAUUCAGGUAAAGACAGCCAGUGUAGCAGCAGCCUCUGCAUCAGUAGGACUCAACAUACACAAGGGGAAAACCAAGGUCCUCAAAUUCAAAGCGGAGAACAGCAAUCCAAUCACUCUUGAUGGCGAAAUUCUGGAAGAUGUAGAACCCUUCACAAAUCUGGGAAGCAUCAUCGAUGAACAAGGAAGAUCAGAUGCAGACGUAAAGGCGAGGAUUGGCAAAACGAGAGCCGCAUUCCUACAAUUGAAGAACAUAUGGAACUCAAAACAGCUUUCAACCAAUAUCAAAGUGAGAAUCUUCAAUACGAAUGUCAAGGCAGUUCUACUGUACGGAGCUGAAACUUGGAGAACUACAACAACCGCAAUCAAGAAGGUACAAGUAUUUAUAAAUAGUUGUCUACAUAAGAUACUCAACAUUCAUUGGCCUGAUACCAUCAGCAACAGCCAUUUCUGUGAGAGAACAAACCAUCUUCUAGCUGAAGAAGAAAUUAGGAAAAGAUGAUGGAAAUGGAUAGGAUAUACAUUACACAAAUCGUCAAACUGCAUCACGAGGCAAGCCCUAAAUUGGGAUCCUGAAGGGAAGCAGAAAAGAGGAAGGCCAGAGAACAUAUUACGUUGGUAAAUAGAAGCAGAUAUGAAAAGGAUGAAUAACAACUGGAAAGGAUUGUCCAGGAUGGAUGGAGAAUGCUGGUGAGCGACCUAUGCUCCUUCACGAGGAGUAAAAGGCGUAAGUGAAGUAAGUAAGCAUUUGUAUAGAUCUAAAAAUAAGAGAAUUUAUAAUCACUUGUUUAUGGAAUUCGAAUUCAAAAUUUAUUAACAUUUUAAAGGCCCUAUAUAAAAACACCUCAGACAGAGUGAGGGCAUACAACCACCUCUCUCCAUUGUUCCAUUCGAGCAGUGCGGUUAGACAGGGUUGCCCAAUCUCACCAUUCCUCUUCAACUUUGCCAUCGAUGACAUUCUGGAAACAGCUCUGAUGAAUGUAAGUAAUGGUGGUGUGGAUCUGUUGCCUGGAGAAAGACUUCUCGACCUUGAGUAUGCGGAUGAUAAUGUUUUACUCUGUGAUAAUGCCCAAGCCAUGCAAUCCGCACUUAAUCAGUUGACAAUCAAUGUCCGUAGGCACGGUAUGUGCGAAUGUCGUCCCAGAGAAUUACACGUCGUGGAUUAUUUGCCGACGCUGUGACUGGUUGGAAAAAGUGGAGAGGUAGUAAGUGUAUGACAUGGUGUCGUAGUAUGAAAGAAAGCUGCAAAGGGCUGGCUUGUGUUGGUCCUUCACAACUUCCUGGCUGGGAUUCGAGAGAUGGUGCGACUCAGUGACUAGAGACUUUAUCAGAUAUGGCUCAGAAUAGAAGCCAGUGGCGAUCCUGCUGUAAAUUUCCUUUCUUCAUAAAAAGUGAUUGUAUCUUCCUUAACUGAAAGAUUUCUUCUGAUUGUACCUUUCCGUUACCCCCGUUUUUAUUAUUACACUGCCAUACUCAAAGCAACUGUCAACCAACACCAAGGUCAGGAUUUUCAAUACAAAUGUCAGGACAAUUCUACUGUAUGGGGGCAGAAACCUGGAGAACUACGAAAGCCAUCAUUCAGAAGAUACAGGUGUUUAUUAACAGUUGUCUACGCAAAAUACUUCGGAUCCGUUGGCCAGACUAUUAGCAACAACCUACUGUGGGAGAAAACUAACCAGGUCCCAGCGGAGGAAGAAGCGCUGGAAGUGGAAAGGACACACAUUGAGGAAAGCACCCAACUACGUCACAAGACAAGCCCUCACAUGGAAUCCUGAAGGCCAAAGGAGAAGAGGAAGACCAAAGAACACAUUACGCCGGGAAAUGGAAAUAGACAUGAGAGAAAUGAACAAGAAUUGGAUGGAACUAGAAAAGAAGGCCCAGGACAGAGUGGGUUGGAGAAUGCUAGUCGGCGGCCUAUGCUCCAUUAGGAGUAACAGGCGAAAGUAAGUAAGUACACUAAUCUGUGGUCGUUAUUUUUUUCUUAUGGCGAACUGUCAUCAGAAUUGAUUACCUUAAGUGGUGUUCGUCAGAGCUGUCCACUCUCUCUCCAUUCUUGUUUGAUUUUGUCGUUGACGUGCUUUUAGAGAUAUGACUUUCCUCAUCUAAAUUUCGGGGGGUUGAACUUCUACCGUGCGCUUCACAUUUUGACCUAGAAUAUGCCAAUGAUAUAAUUCUAUUCGGUGAAAACGCUGACAAAAUGUAGUCUUCUGACCACUAUAAACAACAUUACAAGCAUGUUCGGCAUGCGGUUCUCUCCUCGAAACGCAAAAUGUUGCUUCAGGAUUGGGUUGCAUCGACACCCAAACUAAUGAUAGGGAAUGAAUUUGUUGAGCAUGUCGACCGCUUCACUUAUCUGGAAGUCUCAUCAACCCUUGUGGUCUGCUGUGUGACGAAAUCUCAACACGGAUACAGAAGGCUCGACUAGCUUUUGCCAACUUGCGUCAUUUAUGGCGUAGGUGAGAUAUCCGUUUAUCAACCAAAGGAUGGGUUUACUGCGCAGCAGUUUGUUCCAUCCUACUUUAUGCUGUGAAACAUGGCCGGUAAGAGUAGAGGAUAUCCGUAGGUUACUAGUAUUCGAUCAUAGGUGUCUUCGAAACAUUGCUCGUAUAUCUUGGGACCAUCGAGUAAGUAACGCAGUUGUUAGGAAACGGAUACUAGGUAAGGAUGGCAAACCAAUUGAUGAAGUAGUGAAACCUCAUCAGUUAAGAUGUCUGGGACACGUGUUACGUAUACCCAACCACCGACUGCCUCGACGUGCGAUGUUCAAUGGCAUAGGAGUAGGUUGGAAGAAAGCUAGGGGCGGCCAGACCAAAACAUGGCACAAGUCCAUGAAGUCACUGACAAGUGGACUGAGUCAUGUUGUUAGGUGUAGACUACCUGGUUGGGGACCACUAGAUGAUAGCAACCGAUGGUUAGAGACCUUGAAUGACACGGCUCAAAAUCGUUUGGAAUGGCGCAGGUGCAUCCACUCUUUGUGUUCUCCCUAAUUCUAAUCUUCUGUAUUCUUUACGUCCCUUUUUUCUCUUUCCAAAUUUAUUUCACUGAACUACACUCCUUGAAUAACAUCUUCAAACUCUAAUCUUUCCGAUUACUGCUUAUACUCUUACUACCUCUACCACUAUUGGACUUGAAUCGACAACUGCAUCUCUGUGCUAAUGUGGUAUGACAACUCGGAUUGAUGUACGUGCGUACAAAGUUCUACGUUGUUACUGAUUGACGCAUCUUACGUUCUUUUUCUCUUCCCAUUCUCAUUGUUAUAUGUAGCGCAUAUAUAUCUGGUGCCCCCUUUAAAUCAAUAAAUAAAGGAAUUCGAACCUGCCAAGUAUCGUUAUCAGCAGCAUGUGUGUCAAUGGUACAAGUAAAUUCAAGGUUAUUGGAAAGUUAAAUUAGUUAAAUAACUAGAAGAUCCUUCCAGCACAUGUUACCAGUAAAAUUUAGUUAUUUGUUCCUGAGUUUUAGGCUAUAGAUAUUUCAUUUUUCCAAUAGAUAUGUUUGCUGGUUGUACUAGGAAUGCUGCCCGCGAAUGCCCUGGUACGGCCGAGAGUGGGGUGAGUCCGCUCUCCCUCUCGAAAUACUCUCACACGGCCGCGCGUAUACAGCCUCUGCCAGGGAAGUCCUACUCAUUGCCUUCUCGUGGCGGGGGUGUUGUUUACGAAAAUGAGAGGACGAAAAGCGAAUGUCCGGCGCUUUAACCGGAUCACAAACCAGUGGUGCACAUGGGCUCCAGUAUCCUGCGGGAACAAAUGGCGUAUGAACCAAUCUUUGGUCACCGGCUACCAUGGGAUUGCAUCUCCUUACGAUGCUCCACUGCCUUGUGGGUUAGACCUUUAGGUCAAAGGCUCGAGGAGUGGCCCCUAAGAUAACCACCUGCUUCGGUGUGGGCACCAGGGCAGUAUUGCAGCCCACACACAAACGAUGAACUCCAUGUCUAUGGCAACCACUUUUCUCGCUCCGAAAAACAAUCAGUCGAUUCAAAUAAU